CGCCGAUUGAAGUGGUCAAACUGUGUCGAAUCAGAAUCAGAGUCAAAAAUCUCCUCCCACCUUCAUUCGGACUUCUCAAGACUCACAAGAACUCAAGCCACUCAAGAUCUCAAGAACUCAAGCCUCCCAAGAUCUCAAGACUGCACCAUCAUCAUCCCAGACAAGUAACCGAUCAAACUUGCUCACCAAGGAACAGACAGCCCCAGAUUGACUAGAAUAUGUGAAUACAUCGAUUGCUACAGGCUCACCUCAAAAAAACACUCUCUCAUCAUGAAACAGAAACUACCUCAGCCGUUCUAUGGCCCACUAAGGUCCACACAUCCAUCCUACACCCGACCCCAUCCCCCAUCAGGACCAUCAUCACCAUACGCCUCCUCCUCCUCCUCCUCGUCUACUUCCAGCUUCCAGUUCCCCAGCUCUCGAUCGCCCAGUCCCUUCGAAAUCUUCCAUCUUCCCCGCUCCGCCUCGACCAGUCAAAUCAAGGAGCGCUACUACCAGCUCGUCAAGCUCUACCAUCCCGACGUCGCUGGAUCCAAGAGCAACGGUGCAAGCUCGCUCCAGGAAGAGGAAAUCACACGGAGGUUCAAGCUGAUCAGGGAUGCAUACGAACUCCUGAGCUCGCCCUCCAGGAGACAACGCUACAUCAACUUCCACGAAGGAUGGCACGACAGUCGAGCCCAAACUCCCAACCGGAGCUGGAGGAAUAAUCAUACCAGGGGCUAUCGGCAUCCAGACCCGGACUUCAACCUCUCCUCAGUCUGGACGCAGUUCAUCAACAGACAUCGCUCGGCCCGGGCAGGAUUCUACUCGAGCGUCAACGAUGACGGCUCGACUAAUGGAUUCAACACCCAUCACCACCAACAAGACUCCCCGGGCGGAUCGUAUACGUUCAAGCAACAGUGGGACCGGGACGGCUUGUUCACCAAGAACGGGGUCUUCAUCAGUGCCGUCGGUUGCAUCAGUCUCUGUCUCUACCUCGUCCAGCUCUGGAGGGUCCUCCCCCUCGUCGGCUCCCCCGAUCAUCCCCUCCAACCCUCCUCCUCCUCCUCCUCAUCCGAGAAGGAGAAGCACAAGUUUCGCGCCUUCAUCGAGCCCGCUGGAGAUGCCAGAUUGGACCAAGAAGCAUGGGCGAAGUUGCGUGCGAUCCAAUUCACUCCCAUCGACCCCCACCGGCCCCUCAUCCCCUCUCAGCACUCGCAGUCUCCAUCUCCCUCUCCUCCCGCACUACUAGAUCAUCAUCAGAAUCCGGAACCUAAUCAUCGCUUCUACUCCAGCUCCUUCCAGGACCGGAUCCAGAAACAAAACCUCAAGGCCCUCUCCGACCUCAAAUCCGCACGCGCGUCUGCCGUCAAACCCAGCGUCUUCUCCAACAGGAUCUCGGCCGACUCGGCCCAUUCUCCUCCUCCUACUCCUGCUACUUCCUCCUAGUCCAUCACCAAAACAAACCUCAUAACAACAGCAAUAACGAUAAAACUACUUGCUCUGGUUGUUUCUUUCUUCUCUCAGGAUUUUGAUUAGACAUAUCCUUCCUCUUUCUCUCUCUUGUUGGUUCGCGUUGUUUCUGUCUGUACUCUUUAUUCCCUCCUGAUCGUACAAGCAUAUCGUCUUCUUUCGAGCAUCCAUCCCCUCCACUCGAUCACUGGUUCUUUCUUAACUACACGGAAAGAAAGAGAGAGCGGGGCCUUGUUCGGAUCGACCGCCGGCGCCACCAGGAGUGCGUCGCGGAUCCCCCAUCCUCCGUACAUCCAUUCCCCCACCUCUCUCAUCCACCAACCAUUUACAUCAAAAAACAUUCUCAACCCUCACAUGUAUCAUUCGCACUUUUUUUUCUUUUUUUUUUCUUCUCCCUUUUGUUGUAUAUAUCAAACUGAACUCAGGUUGUGGGUCUUUUGAAUCGGGUACAUGCGCUAGAGAGAAGACAAAGUCACUAGAUGAGUGAGUUCAACUCCUCAACCAACCCCACCAUUCAUAUGAAAAGAGCCA